UCUGGAGCUGGAGUUGGAAAUGACGGAGUCCCGCGGGUCCGGGGCCACGGCUGUUGGACAGCGCCUCCUCCAGGCUGAGACCCCUGAAAAGAACGGGCUCCAGGCGGUGUCGAGUGGGCAAGUGGGAAGAGCGCUGCGCUGGUUCACCACUGUGGUGCUGAACGCUGCCUUCCUGGGCAUGGGAGUGAGCGCUGCUGUGCUCGGACCCACAUUUCCAGACCUGGCAAGAAAUGUGAACCGGAACAUCAGCAGCCUUUCCGAAAUAUUCGUGGGCCGCGCCCUCGGCUCCCUGUGUGGCGCUGUGGUGGGCGGGGUGCUUUUCGACUGUAUGAAUCAUUUUCUACUUUUGGGGCUGUCAAACGUGCUCACCGCGGUCGGUCUUUACCUCACUCCUUUUUGUAAGACAGCAGUUUUACUGACUGCCAUGAUGUCUGUCACGGGUGUCUCAUUUGGAAUUCUGGAUACAGGUGGGAACGUCCUCAUCUUGGAUCUUUGGGGGGACAAAGGAGCCCCCCACAUGCAGGCCUUGCACUUCAGUUUUGCCUUGGGUGCCUUUCUGGCUCCCCUGCUGGCUAAAUUGGCCUGGGGUACAGCAGCAUCUGCUCAGAACCACACAGAGUCCGACUUUGACCCUCCAAUGCUGAACCGAUCCUCUGAAGCCGCCACAGGCUCUCUGUUCGCGGUUCCUGAUGACAUGAACCUGCUGUGGACCUAUGCCUCCAUCGGCACCUAUGUUUUGGUCGUUUCUGUCUUUCUGUUUGGUUUAUUUUGUAAGAAGCGUUCAAAGCAAGAAAAAUCCACAGCGUCUGCGCAGGGAGCUCGAAGGGCUAAAUACCACAGGGCCCUACUCUGCCUCCUCUUCCUCUUCUUCUUCUUCUACGUGGGAGCCGAGGUGACCUAUGGCUCUUACGUUUUCUCCUUCGCCACCAGCCAUGUUGGCAUGGAAGAAAGCGAGGCUGCUGGCUUGAACUCUGUCUUCUGGGGGACCUUUGCAGCCUGCAGGGGUCUGGCCAUCUUCUUUGCAACACUCUUACAGCCUGGAACCAUGAUUGUGUUGAGCAACAUUGGCAGCCUGACCUCAUCUUUAUUUCUGGUGCUUUUUGAUAAGAGCCGUCUUUGUCUCUGGAUUGCCACUUCUGUGUAUGGAGCCUCGAUGGCAGCCACAUUUCCCAGCGGCAUUUCCUGGGUGGAGCAGUACACCAGCAUAAGUGGGAAAGCUGCAGCAUUCUUUGUGAUUGGUGCUUCUCUGGGAGAAAUGGCCAUUCCCGCAGUGAUUGGAAUUCUUCAGGGACACUACCCAGACCUGCCAGUAGUUCUGUACACGGGUCUGGGGUCAGCCAUCUUCACUGCUGUUUUAUUUCCUGUGAUGUAUAAGUUGGCCACCUUACCCCUGGAACGCCAGCGCAGAGGAAGAAGAAAGAGUGAGGACCAGAGAGCCUUGCUUUCCAGCGCUGAGCUAAAUGACUGUGAAGAGGAGAAUGAGGAGGAAGAUGCAGAAAAGUGGAACGAAAUGGAUUUUGAGGUGGUUGAAAUGAGCGACCCGGCGCUGGAGUCUGCAGGGGAGACACCUGGAGAUGUGAUGGGGCACACGGCUAAGGGCCCCCACCAGCUCCCCUCAAAUGUGCUGCUGGGUUUUGAGUCCUCAGCCGGUAGCAGCAAUUCUCUUGUGAACCACCAGGACAAAAGGGACUGACACUGGGCGAGGAUGAAAUCCCAAGUCACCUUCACUCCUGGCGGCGGGCGACACCAGUCAGAACAGAGCUUUGGCAGACUCUCCACAUGCGUUGGCAGUUGAGACUUGUCUGUUUACAGGAAGUGUUGGAAUUAUUUGAAGUGUUCUAGAAUCCCCGCAGUCU